AUGAUGCCGGAGACGAGUGCUGAUGUCAUUCCUGUCGGGCAAGAUGAAGAAGUGGUGUAUUCCGAGGGCCUGCUCACAUCCUAUAGGUCCCCGACAUUUCGCGCAGCGUUUCCCUUCGGCCAUGGUUUGGCUUUCACAAGCUUCGAGUAUUCAGGACCACAUCGUCUCCACAAGGACUGUGGCGUGGCAGUGUGUGUGGCAGUCCUGGUCAAGAACGUGGGGCAGAGGUCCGGUGAGGAGCUUGUCCAGGCCUACGUUCAUUUCCCUGACCCUGUUGGUGGAGAUGAAGCGUGGAUCCAGGCAACUCCUGCGUUUGGGCAGCACUGUCCGAUACAUCAUCCCUCUCUAUAA